AGCCCAGUGCUGCAUAUCCAGCUCCUGGACACAGCAAAUUGCUGCCGGUGCCCAAGAGACAUUGGGAAUGGAAGAAUAAGGUGUGUGAAGUGGGUACUGCGUGUUGAGGGUGGGAUCACCAUGGAGAUCUGGCCAGGUCUUCCAGCCAGGAGUUCAAGGUGCCCUUGAACCUUGUAGAAAUGACCAUGUGCAUGCCUCCCUGGGCUUUCCCUGGGCCAAGCCUUUCCCACCAUGUUGGAUCUCCACGGAGAAGACCAAGCUCUGGUCUGAUGAUGACUGCUCUGAUUUCUCCUACCUGGGAGCAAGCAACCAAGACAAUCUCAUUAAAAAAUGUGAAUAUUGCCAUCAGGUGAAAUAUAAUAGAACUAUAGUGUCAUGGAAUGGUUUUGGUUGGAAGUAACCUUAAAGAUCAUGUAUUUCCAACCCCCUUGCCUUGGCAGGGACACCUUCCAUAUCCAUGCAUCUUCCUCAUCUGUUAUGCAGGCUGAACAGUGGAAGAAAUCCAAGCAGUGAAAUAAAUGGAGAAGGAUGGUGGCCAUCUGCGGUCCUGAUCUUCGAAGCCAUAUAGUCAGGACUCCAAACCAACUUCUCUAUUUCACCUGCAUACCACUGGCUUUGAAACAGUGCUGGUGGUUCCAGACCCAUUUUCUGUUUCUCAGUGCAUUAUGCCUUUCUUCAACUCCUUUAAAGCAUGGAUCCUUGUUCUUGGUACUCACGGUAUAAAGGGAGUAUGGUUUAGAGCCUGCUCAAUUCCACUGGGAUCCUCCUGGCACCUGGAAUUCCCCCUGCACAACACACUGUGCCCGUGGCCUCCCCCUGCACUUACACGCACAGGAAGGAGUCCGGUCUCAUCCACCCGCAGCAAACCCAAAUGGUGCAGAGGGGCUGAGCCAGAGCCGCUGACUUCCUCCUGGGCCAGGAGAGCACGGCAGCCAGAGGAGAUGUGCCGCGGGUGCCAUUGCGGGGGCCUCGCAUCCCUCCUGCUGCUGCUGGUGCUGCUGCUGCUGGGGCAAAACCUGGGUCUUCUCAUCAAAAUCCCGCAGGAUGCGCUCAGUGGUACCGUGGGGCAGUCCGUGCUCCUGCCCGUCUCCUACAGAGUCAACAGCUCCCUUCUCUUCCCAUUGUCAAUUGUGUGGAAGUUUGGGAGCAGCUCACAAGUGAUCAGCACCUGCACGGUGUGGAACUGCUCCCUGGAUGCUUGGGGAACUCCCACAAAUUGCUCUGCAAUAUGUUACCCUCAUGUCACAUACCAGGGCCGUGCUGCGGUCUUCCCCGAGAACGCAUCCCUGCUGCUGUGGGACCUGCAGCUCAGUGACAGCGGGGUGUACAGCGUCACCUUCCAAGAGCAAAACCUAAGCAGGCAGAUCACCCUGGCCGUGCACAAGCAGCAUGGUUCCACUGAGCAUCCUGAUGAAGGGCAAAACCUGGGUCUUCUCAUCGAAAUCCCGCAGGAUGCGGUCAGUGGUACCGUGGGGCAGUCCAUGCUCCUGCCCGUCUCCUACAGAAUCAACAGCUCCCUUCUCUUCCCAUUGUCAAUUCUGUGGAAGUUUGGGAGCAGCUCACAAGUGAUCGUCACCUGCACGGCGCAGAACUGCUCCCUGGAUGCUUGGGGAACUCCCACAAAUUGCUCUGCAAUAUGUUACCCUCAUGUCACAUACCAGGGCCGUGCUGCGGUCUUCCCCGAGAACGCAUCGCUGCUGCUGCGGGACCUGCAGCUCAAUGACAGCGGGGUGUACAGCGUCACCUUCCAAGAGCAAAACCUAAGCAGGCAGAUCACCCUGGCCGUGCACAAGCAGCAUGGUUCCACUGAGCAUCCUGACAAAGGUAGGUGCCCGUGUGCCUGGACAGACUCCUUCUGUACUUCCCUGGACAUGGGAACAUCAGGCAUGCGCUGGAAUUUGGUCCCUCUUUCUAUUGCGAUGAACUCCUGCAGCAAAGGCAGCGAGGUCGAAGCCACCCCCAAUUACUACACAAUUGGAGUUUGCUCCCUUACUGGCCUCCUUCUGCUGUUCCUGGUCCUCUGCACAUGGUGGCGAGGUAUGGUGUGGAAGAAGAUGAGAACCAUUACACAGCAGCAGGCCUCAAACACAGCGGAUAUCCACAUGGAAAACACCGUGGUGGGGGACAUGACAACAGUUUAUGCCACAAUUAGAGAAGACUUUGAAGAGACAAAGCCAAGAGCGUUACCAGAGACUCUCUACACAUCCAUAAGCUUCCCUCAAUAUUAUUCUGCUUUGGCUCUGAACUCGGCAGGAGAUAGAUCUGCGGCAGAGCCAAGGUGAUGCUGCUGCCACUCUGUCCCUUGUGAUCGGACCUUUGGUGAGCCCACUCCUGCCCAUGGAGUGUUUAAGUGCUUGGAGCAACAGAUUAUGGAAAUGCAUUAGUUUGCCUCAAACCACAGUUUCUCUUGAAUUUGAGGGAUGAUCUGCUUUUAGAUUCAUCUUGAGACUUCCAGAGAGCACAGAAACACUGAAUGCCAGAGGAAGAUGCCUAAAGCAAAGGCAAAACAACAGUUCACCCAUGAGAAGCUCAGUUCCAGAGACACACCUUAAUCUGAGGGGUAAUGGGGAACAUUGUGUGUAUUUCAGUCUUGCAUCCCAGGGUCCCUUACCAAUUGCCUUGUCGUAUUAAAAGAAUGUAUGAAGA